AGUCAGUUGCGAGGAGCGCGCGCGCACUCUGCGACACACGAUACGAACGACUCUCGCGACCAUUAUUUACUUUGUACAUGGCAAUUGUUUGACGAUAUUAUAUUAUGUGAUAAGUUUUUAUUUAAAAUUAUUUAUACGUGGUAAUUUAAGAAUCUCCUAUAUCAAAUAAAUAUAUAAAGUUUUAUGUUUUAAAUUAAAAUUGUGGGACCAAAAUGACGAUAAAAAAUAAAAAGACUAAGCAAUCAAAAACUUCAGAAGUGACUUCUUCUGGUAGUGCAUCGACUAGUGUCCAGAAGACAAGUUCAACAACUUCGGUGCAGAGCAGCAGUAACACACUGCAGAAGGUCAGCUCGUCUGGUAAGAAGGUCCGCUAUAUCGAGGUAAAGGUCGAGGAAGAUGACCCACUUAUGAUAACCGACAUUUCCGAUCACACUUCGAUCGCCGGCUCUACCAUAUCGGAGCACUACAACAGUCACCCGCACUACAUCAUAACAGAAGCUCCUUCUAUUAGUGACUUAUCUCAAACACGAUCACUGGAACAUCACGUAAGUGAUAUGGCACAGUCAACUACUGGUGAAUACGUAUCUAGUUCGGUGCUACAGGAAUCUUCCUCGUCGCACCAACAGAAUUCUAAAUCGGAAACAUUCCAGACAUCAUCAACUUCCGUGCAGCAGUCGGGUUCUAGUCAUAGCCAAUCAUUUGACAGAACCACUGAUUCUUCUGCUCCUAAUCAAACUCUUAAUACCGGCUUCAUUGAUAACUCGUCGUCUAACGUUUCUUCUUCUAACACAUAUUUGAAACGAUCUCAAAAUGCAAACGCUACUGAUUCCUUUCUUCAGUCAGAGCGCCAGAGUUUAGUGAAUCAAACGUCGACAUCUAACUCAAAGGAUCACCAUAAUAUUAAGCAAGGCGACCGCGUAACUUAUCGCAACUCUCCUGAACCGUCGCAGAGAAAACAAACUGUGCGUUCUGAUUCAUCAAACUUUUAUGGAGGCGAAGGCAGCUUGGACAAAAGAGGAAAUGUCAAAGAAUAUAGCAGCACUUCACAAACAAGUGAAACUAAAAGUAGCAACAUCACGAAGUCUUCCUCGUCCUCGUAUGUCGUCGAAAUUGUUGACGGCAAAGAACGAAUCAUUGAUAGUUCUAAGAGGGAGUGGGGUGAUGCUCAAGAACAUGCAUCAAAGGAAGCUUAUGCAAGCAUUAGUGGCACUGAUAUAAAACCACAGUCAGCUCACAGCAUCCAGAACUAUGAUAUGAAAUCAAAUUUCGACACAGGCAAGGACGGGAAAAAACCAACCAGUGAAAUGAUUGUUAAGGAAGACUCUAAAUUCAUUAAAGACGGCAAUCAAAUGACUUCGCAUUCCAGUGUCGUCACAGAGAAAGAUAACGUUGCUAAGCAUCAACAAUAUAUCACAAACCGCGAGCACUUAACAGCUAAUCAACAACAUCUGCUUAACCGCGAUCAACAGUAUAUAACUCAUCACGAUAAUGUGGCGUCUAACCAACAUCAAAAAACAACUCAACAACAACUGACAUCUGAUCAACAGUACACAAAACGUGAUCACACUACGACUGAUGAACAGUACACAACUCGUGAAUAUUUAACAUCCGAUCAGAGAACAACAUCCACUAAAGAUGAUCGUUAUCAAUCAAGGAACGUUUCUGACAACACUAAUAUAAUCCGGAAAGAUGUUGUUGAUAAUGUCACAAUCAAUAAAGGUACAACUGACGAUCGACGACGCAAUAUGAAUCAAACGGAUUCAUCCAAUUUUUAUGGCUACGACACCACCAUUCAAAAUGAACUAAACAAAGUGGGUAAAAUAUUACAAGUGCCUAAUACAGAAAACAUAAACUUUUCUACAAAAAUAAUGAAGAGUAACACAAGCAGUGCUCAGCAAGCUUCUACUUCCUCUUACGUUGUUGAAAUUGUUGAUGGUAAAGAGCGAAUCGUCGACACCUCUCACAGAGAAUGGGGAGAUAAUAAAGAACACUCUACUUACGAGAAAAGUCACAAUGUAAGUGGUACAGGGAUGAAACCUGAGCAUGAGUAUACGAGGCACGUCCUUGACAAAGAAUCUCACUAUGACACUGGUAAAGAUGGUAUACCAAAAAGUUCCUUACAAGUAUCAGAAGAAUCGGCUUUGUAUAAGAAUGGGAAAGAAAUAGCCUCGACUAGCAACCGGUACGGUGGUGAUUUUACCAAGAAAAAAGCAAUUACUGAAUAUGUCCCCGAUGACAGACAUGAUGUGCAUAAUAAACGCAUUCAUGACACGACUGAUAAAGAUAUUCAUACUACGACUCAUAAGAUCUCGUCAACUGAUACUCAGUCCCACACAACAGAUAUUAGGGAUGUGAAAGACACUGUUGACUUUGUGACUACCGAAAAAGAAAACUUAACAAAAGAAUCCACAUCUACCACCACUUCUCAAUCGAAAGAUACUUUGACUACUUAUGAAAGGAGCACCGGGACAUGGAAUGGAAAGUUUGUGUAUGAAAAAGAUGAUGACAGGCCCAAAAGACCGAAGGAAAUGUCGCCGUUCGGAAGACCUGAACAACCAAGACAUCACUUAAAGCGACAAGAUACAGAAGAAAACAUAAUUUUGUCAUCAAGAGAUAUAAAAGAUUUUACAUCAAUUAGUGACCUGCGAAAGAUUAUUGAAACUUCAAAGUUUAACAAGGAUGUACGAGUAAGCAACAAAAAUAUAGUUAUUAACAGAAACAUUGAUGACCGUAUCCUGAAGGAAAUAAUCGAGACUGUUAAGAAGUAUCCAUUUAAAAGGAUCGAAAAAGUGACAUUGGGAACUAAAAUUAAUGAAGAUGUAAAAGAUCUUUAUGAAGGAAUUGAUACAGAGGAAACUACUGUAUUGACAUCCACUACUGGCGAAACAACCAGAAAAGCUUUUGAAGUAGAAAAGAAUAGAAGUCAAAUCGAAGUUACUCGUUAUAUCACCGAGAAUGGCAUUACAAGGAAAAUUACGACCUAUGAGGAUGCUAAAGAGGACGACAAGAUCAGAACGGACGUCUACGUCGACAAGAGCGCGUUAGACUUCAAAAACUUGCGCGAUGUCCAAACGACCGAAGACGUUAUUCGAGAAUACGACGUGGUGGACCGUGCUAUCACGGACACCACGAGGGAGGAUACCACCAUCAGCACCGUCUAUGAUGAGAAGAUCAUCGAUGAUAGGACCACAAUGCGAGACGACAGGACUACGAUCGAAGAGACCGUCAUCAUUGACGAGACCAGGCCAAGAGGCGGCCCCAAGAAACCGGAGAAGAUUGUCACUAAGGAACAGUGCAUCUGCGAAAUCUGCACUUGUGGGCGUCAUCGCUGCCCACACAACGAUGUCCCGGAGCCAUUGUUCGAUGUGGAGCACACGACGAGCGUGGUCUCCGCGUACAAGCGCGACUACGACGAGAAACACGUGACCCGCACCACCGCUGUCCACCACGAGGAUCACCUUCGUCUUGAAGGCGACUUCCAGGAGCCAGAGCGUCCACAGUGGCAACCCGCUGAGCGACCCAAACAAAGGAAACCUGAAGAUAAUCUUAAGCCUGAAGGCGACUUCGAGCGAAGGCAACCUGAUGAAUGGCGUCCUGGUGAGAGGGCUCCCGUAAGGAAACCAGAAGAUAACCUACGUCCUGAAGGAGAUUUUGAAAGACACAAACCCGAAGAAUGGCGUCCUGGUGACCGAGCGCCUGUCCGUAGGCCCCAUGACAACCUGCGACCAGAAGGAGAAUUCACUACUCCUGAAAAAGAAACCUGGAGACCGGCUGAGAGGGAAAAGCCUAAGAAGCCAGAAGAUAAUUUAAAACCUGAAGGUGAAUUUGAGAGACGCAAGCCUGAAGAUUGGCGUCCUGGUGACAGAGCUCCCACUCGCCGUCCGGAAGAUAACCUAAAGCCGGAAGGUGAAUUUGAGAGACGUCAGCCGGAAGACUGGCGGCCAGGUGACAGAGCGCCAGUGCGACGGCCUGAGGAUAAUUUACGCCCCGAAGGAGACUUCGAGAAACGCAGACCAGAAGAGUGGAAACCAGGCGAAAGGGCACCAGUGAAGCGCCCAGAAGAUAAUUUGAGACCUGAAGGCGAUUUUGAGAAAAGAAGACCAGAGGAGUGGCGUCCCGGAGACAGAGCGCCUGUUCGACGACCAGACGACAACUUGCGACCUGAGGGUGAUUUCACAACACCAGAGAAGGAGCGUUGGCAACCAGCAGAGCGUCCCCAGCAAAAGAAACCGCAAGAUAAUCUUAAACCAGAAGGUGAUUUUGAACAACCGAAACACGAUGAGUGGCGCCCAGCAGAACGUGUCACUCAGAAGAAGCCCAAGGAUAACUUAAGACCUGAAGGUGAAUUUGAGCAACCGAAACUAGACGAAUGGCGUCCAGCUGAAAGAACAACAGCUACAAAACCGAAAGAUAAUUUAAGACCAGAAGGUGAUUUUGAACAGCCGAAACAGGAUGACUGGCGUCCAGCAGAACGCGUAACCCAGAAACGACCUCAAGACAAUCUUAAACCAGAAGGUGACUUCGAGCAGCCAAAACAAGAUAAGUGGCGUCCAGCGGAACGUGUCACUCAGAAAAAACCCCAAGACAACUUAAAACCAGAAGGGGACUUUGAGCAGCCGAAACAUGAUGAAUGGCGCCCUGCAGAAAGAGUUGUUCAGAAGAGACCUCAAGACAAUCUUAAACCAGAAGGUGAUUUUGAACAGCCAAAACACGACGAAUGGCGUCCAGCUGAACGGCCUAAGCAAAAGAAACCCCAAGAUAACCUUAAACCAGAGGGUGAUUUCGAACAACCAAAACAUGAUGAAUGGCGUCCUGCAGAACGACCCAAACAAAAGAAACCCCAAGACAACCUCAGACCAGAGGGUGAUUUUGAGCAGCCAAAACAUGAUGAGUGGCGUCCAGCAGAACGUGUUACUCAAAAGAAACCACAAGAUAAUCUUAAACCUGAAGGGGACUUUGAACAGCCAAAACACGACGAGUGGCGCCCUGCAGAACGCGUCACUCAGAAAAAGCCUAAAGAUAAUCUUAAACCAGAAGGAGAAUUUGAGCAGCCAAAACACGACGAGUGGCGUCCGGCUGAAAAACAAACACCCACAAAACCGAAGGACAAUUUACGACCAGAAGGAGAUUUUGAACAACCAAAACAUGACGAAUGGCGGCCUGCAGAACGUGUUACCCAAAAGCGACCACAAGAUAAUCUUAAGCCCGAAGGUGACUUUACAACGCCCAAAAAAGACGAAUGGAAGCCGGCUGAGAGACCACAACAGAAGAAGCCAACAGACAAUUUGAAACCAGAGGGUGACUUCGCUAAGCGACAGCCUGAUGAGUUUGUUCCAGCAGAAAAAGCGGUAGUAAAGAAACCUGAAGAUAACUUGCGGCCUGAAGGUGAUUUUACAACAACACGUACCAUAACGGAAGAUUACAAAGUGGUACGAGGCGAACGAGCUGAAAUCAUCCGACGAACUGACAACAUUAUCACAGAAGGAGAAUUUACAGAUACUACUACUUCACGUACGGAGUAUACUGUGAAACCUGUGGAAAGGCCGAAACCAGUCCGCCGUAACACAUGGACAAAGAUAGAAGGAGACAUGACCACAGAAACGACAUCACAUUCAGAAUUUGUUGACUACACAGAUACUGUAGAAAGAACAACACUGGUUGCGAAGAGAACCGAUAAUUUAAUACGAGAGGGUGAAAUAGAAUUUGUUACAUCCAAUCAGAAAGAUUAUACAGAAAAAGUAACACCUGUUGAGCGACCCAAGCGCAGGCGCACGUGGACAAAGGAGGACUUCGAAAAGUUCUAUUCAACAGAGGAGCUCGAAAAAAUUACUACUUCACAAGAGGAAUACAAGACAUACGAGGAAAUUGAUGUAAGGCAGCAGAGAAUUAUAAGACAUGAUAAUUUACAUAUGGAAGGAACAUUUGAUAGCCUUACUGUGUCUCAUGAUACUUACGGGCCAAAACAUUCUGAGAGACCUAAGCAAAAGAAGCCAAUUGAUAAUUUAAAACCCGAAGGUGAGUUUGAGCAGCCGAAACAGGAUGAGUGGCGACCAGCAGAGCGCGUAACACAGAAGAAACCUAAAGACAAUUUGAAACCCGAAGGUGACUUCGAACAGCCAAAACAUGAAGAAUGGCGUCCCGCAGAGCGUGUCACACAAAAGAAACCGCAGGACAAUCUUAGGCCUGAAGGAGAAUUUGAGCAGCCCAAGCAUGAUGAAUGGCGUCCUGCUGAAAGACAAACCCCAACCAAACCUAAGGAUAAUUUGAAACCAGAGGGUGACUUUGAACAACCAAAACACGAUGAAUGGCGUCCGGCAGAGCGUGUAACUCAAAAGAGGCCCCAAGAUAACCUUAAACCAGAGGGUGACUUUGAACAACCGAAGCAUGACGAAUGGCGUCCCGCAGAGCGUGUUACGCAGAAGAAGCCCAAGGAUAACCUUAAACCUGAAGGCGAAUUUGAACAACAGAAACCAGAUGAGUGGCGCCCAGCCGAAAGGCAAACACCGAAGAAACCAAAAGAUAACCUACGCCCCGAGGGUGAAUUUGAAACUCCCAAACAAGAUGAAUGGCGUCCAGCUGAACGCGUCACGCAAAAGAAACCUAAAGAUAACCUUAAACCCGAAGGUGAAUUUGAACAACCCAAACAUGACGAAUGGCGGCCUGCUGAAAGACAAACACCGUCUAAACCAAAGGAUAACUUAAAACCUGAAGGUGAAUUCGAACAGCCGAAACAGGACGAGUGGCGUCCCGCAGAACGUGUAACUCAGAAAAAGCCUAAGGAUAACCUUAAACCUGAAGGUGAAUUUGAAAAACCUAAACACGACGAAUGGCGUCCCGCUGAAAGGCAAACACCCACUAAACCGAAAGACAACCUCAAGCCUGAAGGUGACUUUGAACAGCCGAAACACGAUGAAUGGCGUCCUGCUGAACGCGUCACUCAAAAGAAGCCCCAAGAUAAUCUUAAGCCAGAGGGUGACUUUGAACAACCAAAGCACGAUGAAUGGCGUCCAGCAGAACGUGUCACGCAAAAGAAACCUAAAGAUAAUCUCAAACCUGAAGGUGAAUUUGAGCAACCCAAACACGACGAGUGGCGACCUGCUGAAAGACAAACACCUUCUAAGCCUAAGGAUAACUUAAAACCAGAAGGUGACUUUGAGCAGCCUAAGCAUGACGAGUGGCGUCCAGCAGAGCGCGUAACCCAAAAGAAGCCUCAAGAUAACCUUAAACCAGAGGGUGACUUUGAACAACCAAAGCAUGACGAAUGGCGUCCUGCAGAACGUGUUACGCAGAAGAAGCCCAAGGAUAACCUUAAACCUGAAGGCGAAUUCGAACAGCAGAAACCAGAUGAGUGGCGCCCAGCCGAAAGGCAAACACCGAAGAAACCAAAAGAUAACCUACGCCCCGAGGGCGAAUUUGAAACUCCUAAACAAGAUGAAUGGCGUCCUGCUGAACGUGUCACACAAAAGAAACCUAAGGAUAACCUUAAGCCUGAAGGUGAAUUUGAGCAGCCGAAGCAUGAAGAAUGGCGUCCCGCUGAAAGACCAGUCCAAAAGAAACCGCAAGAUAACCUGAAACCUGAAGGAGAGUUCGAACAACCUAAGCAUGAUAAGUGGCAACCCGCAGAAAGGCAGACGCCUACAAAACCAAAAGACAAUUUACGGCCUGAAGGUGAGUUUGAGACUCCUAAACACGAUGAAUGGCGUCCUGCUGAACGAGUCACACAAAAGAAACCUAAGGAUAACCUUAAGCCCGAAGGUGAUUUCGAACAGCCGAAACACGAUGAAUGGCGUCCCGCAGAACGUGUUAUUCAGAAGAAGCCCAAGGAUAACCUCAAACCCGAAGGUGAAUUUGAGCAACCCAAACACGACGAGUGGAGACCGGCUGAAAGACAAACACCUACUAAACCUAAGGACAACCUAAAACCUGAAGGUGACUUUGAGCAGCCUAAGCAUGACGAGUGGCGUCCAGCAGAGCGCGUAACUCAAAAGAAGCCCAAGGACAACCUUAAACCAGAAGGUGAAUUCGAACAACCGAAACACGAUGAAUGGCGCCCAGCUGAAAGACAAACGCCAAAGAAACCACAGGAUAACUUACGUCCCGAAGGUGAAUUCGAAACACCCAAGCAUGAUGAAUGGCGCCCUGCUGAACGCGUCACGCAAAAGAAACCUAAAGAUAAUCUCAAACCUGAAGGUGAAUUUGAACAACCCAAACACGAUGAGUGGCGACCCGCUGAAAGACCAGUCCAAAAGAAACCACAAGAUAACCUGAAGCCUGAAGGAGAGUUCGAACAGCCUAAGCAUGAUAAGUGGCGACCUGCUGAACGACAGACACCUACCAAGCCGAAAGAUAAUUUACGGCCUGAAGGAGAUUUUGAAACACCUAAGCAAGAGGAAUGGCGGCCAGCUGAACGAGUCACACAAAAGAAACCCAAAGAUAAUCUUAAGCCUGAGGGUGAAUUUGAACAACCGAAGCACGAUGAAUGGCGUCCCGCUGAGAGGCCAACGCCUAAAAGACCAGAGGACAACCUGCGUCCUGAGGGUGAUUUUGAACAGCCAAAACAUGACGAGUGGCGCCCAGCUGAACGUGUCACUCAGAAGAAACCUAAAGACAAUCUUAAGCCUGAAGGUGAAUUUGAACAGCCGAAACACGAUGAGUGGCGUCCAGCCGAAAGGCAAACACCUAAGAAGCCUAAAGAUAAUUUGAAACCUGAAGGUGAAUUUGACACUCCUAAACAUGACGAAUGGCGUCCUGCUGAAAGAGUAACUCAAAAACGGCCAAAGGAUAAUUUGAAGCCUGAAGGAGAGUUUGAACAACCGAAGCAUGAUGAAUGGCGUCCUGCCGAACGUCAAACACCUAAGAAACCUCAGGAUAAUCUACGUCCAGAGGGUGAAUUUGAGACGCCUAAGCCCGACAAGUGGCGUCCUGCUGAGAGACCAACCCAAAAGAAGCCACAAGAUAAUCUUAAACCAGAAGGUGAAUUUGAGCAACAUAAGCCUGACGAAUGGCGACCAGCAGAGAGACCUAUUCAAAAGAAGCCUAAAGACAACUUAAAGCCAGAGGGUGAUUUCGAGAAACCCAAACAUGACGAGUGGCGACCUGCUGAAAGGCAGACGCCCAAAAAACCACAAGACAACUUGAGACCUGAAGGUAAAUUUGAAACUCCCAAACAGGAUGACUGGCGUCCCGCUGAAAGACCUGAAGUCAAAAAACCUAAAGACAAUUUGAAACCAGAAGGAGAAUUUGAGAAACCCAAAAAAGAUAAAUGGGAGCCAGCUGAAAGGCAAACUCCGAAAAAGCCACAAGAUAAUCUUAAGCCUGAAGGAAAGUUUGAACGACCCGAAAAACCAAAACAUGUUACCGGUGAAAGACCAGUGCAGAAGAAGCCAGAAGAUAACCUUAAACCUGAAGGAGAUAUGGACGUCGUUCGAAGAACAGAUUAUACAGCUACUCGAGGAGAUCGCGUUGACGUCGUUAAGCACGAAGAUCAUCUUAGAAUGGAAGGGACCAUCGAUAUUCAUCGCUCUAGAGAUGAUUAUAAACGUAUCGAGAAAACGGAGAAAGUCGUUAUACAAAGACACGAAGACAACUUGAGAACUGAAGGUGAAUUCAUUGAUCUUACAGUUCGUAAUGAUUACAGUGCUACUAAAGGUGAAAGGGCACCUGUUGUAAGACCACAGGAUAACCUUAAACCAGACGGCAAAUUUUACAAGCCAGAAGUGGUUCCAUCUCAACCAGCUGAAAAACGCAAGCCUUUUAAGCAGGUUGACAAUAUUACCAUUGAGAGGGAUGUUGAUCUACGACAGAGGCAAAAAAUUGAACGACUUGAUAUCAUUCGAAGAGAAGAUAACCUUAAGAUUGAAGGUGAAUUUAUAGACAUGAAACAAAAAACAGAUUAUACUAAGGUCACCGGUGAACGCGCUGCUAUCGUGAAACAUGAAGAUAAUUUAAAAAUGGAAGGAACUAUGGAAAAUAUCCGAUCAUCCGACACAUAUCGUGUUGUUAAAGGUCAACGAGUCAAACUUACUCGCAGAGAAGAUAAUCUGAAAAUCGAAGGAGUAUUUGAAGAUCAUACUCGCAGAGAUGAUUACAAGGUGACUAAAGGAGAACGAUCAGCUAUAGUAUAUCAUCGAGAUAACUUAAAACCCGAAGGUGAGUUUGAAAAACGGCCAAGGGAAGAGUUGGAACCGGGUGAAAGACGAACACCGCUUAAGCAACCAGAUCAUUUAAGACCAGAGGGUGAUUUCGACAGGCCUUCAAGACCAAAAUGGGAAACAACAGAACGGCCAGAUAUCAUUAAACACCCAGAUAAUCUACGUCCUGAAGGUGAUUUCCCGAGCCGACCCAAAACUCAAUGGCAGAAAGGAGAAACGCCGGAACAAGUUCGACCGAAGGAUAACUUGAAACCCGAAGGCGAUUUCGAUAGACCUUCAAGGCCAAAAUGGGAGACAUCAGAAAGACCUGAACAGGUACGACCUAAGGACAAUUUGCAUCCUGAAGGCGAAUUUACAGACAGGCCGAAAACUAAAUGGCAACCUGGAGAAACACCAAGUCAAGUUCGUCCUAAGGAUAAUUUGAAACCUGAAGGCGAUAUGGAAUCACGUACCCCGAAAAAAUGGGCUCCGGGUGAAACACCUGCACAGGUUCGUCCAAAAGAUAAUUUGAAACCAGAGGGUGAUUUUGACAGACCUUCAAAACCAACUUGGGCAUCUGCAGACAGACCAGACCAGGUCAGGCCAAAGGAUAACUUACGUCCUGAAGGCGAUUUUACUGAUAGACCAAAGACCCAUUGGCAACCUGGAGAAACACCAAGUCAAGUACGUCCGAAAGAUAACCUAAAACCAGAAGGCAGCAUGGAUUCACGAACUCCUACUAAAUGGGCACCGGGUGAAACACCAGCUCAAGUUAGACCUAGAGAUAACUUGAAGCCAGAAGGUGAGUUUGAUCGACCUUCAAAACCGAAGUGGACAUCUGGUGAUAGGCCGGACCAAGUGACACCGAGGGACAACUUACGUCCCGAAGGAGAAUUUACUGACAGGCCAAAGACUCAAUGGCAACCUGGAGAAACACCUUCACAAGUUCGUCCUAAAGACAAUUUACAUCCGGAGGGUGAUAUGGUUUCAAGGACGCCAGCUAAGUGGGCACCUGGAGAAACACCCUCACAAGUUCGUCCGAAAGACAACUUAAAACCUGAAGGUGACUUUGAACGACCUGGGCCUAACCAAUGGCGCCCUGCAGACAAGUCUGGGCCUAUAAAACCAAAAGACAACCUUUAUACAAAUGGAGACAUCACUAAGCACGACACUAGCAAAACGCUAUCAAGUGAGACGUCAAAGAAGUCUGUAGUAUCAAAGUCUGUUAUUGGACAAGAUGAUCAUGACAUCAAAUCUCAAACUACUUCACGUCACGAUACCCAAGUUCAUCGCGAUAAUCAGACUCAUACAUCUCAUCGGGAGACCCACGUCAAGCACUCACAUGUUACUACUGAUCAUUCUACUUCUAAACAUAUUCAAUCCGGAACACACGGCAAAUAUAUUACAACACACGAUGCUGUUGAUCACAGUGAAACCCAAAAGCAUGUAGAACGAGUUCCGUCACAUGAAAGUGUUACUGAUAGGAACAAGGUAGUGGGUGUUACAGAUCGUUCUGUUUCUCGCAGCAGUACAGACAAGACAAUAGUAAACAGAAGUGACACCAAAAACGUAAAAACUGUCACUACAACCACUACAAAAACGAUUAAACAAAUAUCAGAAAAGAAACUGAGGGGUGGUAAGUGGGUGACAGUUACACGAAAUGUUGAAGUAGAUGUGACUGAUGAUUCCGGAAAAUACGCUCCGCAGCAGUCUACUCCAAAGAGAGAACCAGACGAUCGUACGAACCGGCCACGACAUGUUGAAGGAGAUACCACUCAAAGAAUCGUUUCAUCAGAUAAUGUAACAUCUUCAAGUAAUCAAGCUAUCCAUACAACACAUGGAGGAAAAGGAACUACUAUUAUUGAUCAGCAACACUCAAGAACGAACCAGCAGUAUAUUGACAACACACAACGCAUACAUUCGUCACAGCAAUCUGUAACUUCAUCGACCUCAAGUCAAAAUGUAACUUCCAAUCAACAUCAUUCACAGAGGACCACAGGCAGUUCCAACAUAAUUCGAGACGUACAUACAGGACAAAAUGUUACAAAAUCUACCCAGCAAACAACUAGUGAUGGACAUGUUAUCAGGGGUGGAGACACAACUCAAAGAAUUGUCUCCUCUGAUUAUAAUGGCAAACAGCCUAAUCAAGGUCAUGUAUCUGAAAGUCAUAUUCAACGAAAUGUAAGCUCAUCGACACAAGUACAUAAAGGAAGUCAUUCGGAGCAACACAUUUCGAGGUCGACCCACCAUUCGACCAACAGAAACCAAUUGAGUGACAGCGUAACAAAGACAAGCAUUGAAUUCCAAAGAGCUAUGCACGGCGGUGGUGGCAACGAUCCUCCAGCCAGCGCUAUAGACAGCUCUUCACGUAGUGGUCAUCAUAAACGUACAUCAGAUUUGGUCUCAGACUCAUCUUCCUCAAAUUCAAUACUGCAUCGUAAGGGCGUUCAUUCAAACACUGAAGCUCAUCAUUCGAUUAGCUCUACGGCUGCUGCUCAGAGAAAGAGCAUUGGAAAUCUUUCAGAGCGUGGUGAAUACAUCAGCAACUCCACGCACAGCACGGACAGAAAAAGCAUCAGUUCCAUGCAUAGAUCUACCAGAGACAACAUGGCUGUUAUUUCUCAGCACGAGAGUACCGAUUCUCGCCGUAACCAAACAAGAAGAGACGGCCAGUCCACACUAACAACUGAACGCCAGCCUACACGAGUUGUUAGAGACAACCUCAGAGUCGGUGGUGACUUUUAUGGACAAUCGGAGGCGCGGUACGGAAGUUUUUCACGCUCAGAGCAUGCUCAGAACAGAACAGACCGUACUGAACGCGUGGAGCGCGUCGAGCGGGUCACCCGCCACGGAAAUGCUUCGCACUUCGUCUUAGGUGACGGCAGCACUAGUUACAAGCGGGAAUUUACUUCUCAUGUCCAUGGAACAUGCCCAGCAACCUUGAUUGACUCGAGUCGUACUCCUUUUAAACACACGCGUGAUUCUAGGGAACAUAAGUUUUACGCUACAAAAAUAACUCAGCAACAAUAAACUAUUGUUUUAACUUGAGCCGAGAAAGGCUAAAAAUAUUUCAUUCCUU